UUGAUGUUUCCGAAAUUUAUUCUUACGUUUUAUUUUUAAACCUCCACUUUCCCAAGCAGUUUCCAAACACCAAUUUUCUUUUCUCUUUCUUUCUCUCUGUUUCUCUCUUCUUUUUAAAUGCAAUGAAAAGCACAAGCCAAGCUUUCAUAUCUUAUUUCUUGUUCGAGUUUCUUUAAUGGAAAAGAAAUAAAAGCUGAAACUUUGUAGAAAAAUUCGGUGUUCGAUAGUGAGCUGUUUGAAUUUCGGAAUUGAUCGCUUUUGUUCGUGUAAAUCAAAGCCGGCUUCUCCGAGGAUCAAACUUGUUUGUAUUUUCUGCAAAUUAAAAAAGUAUUUUCCUUUGCAUUUCAGAUGAAUAUAUAAAGAACCAUUCAUAAUUUCCUGUGUGCUUAAUAUUCGUAAGGAAAAAAAGAAUUAGAACCAACAUUAAUCCUCCAUGGAUGCAAGCUCUGCUGCAACAUUGCCAACACAAGAAACUGAUGUCACAGUUCUAAAAGACACCCUUCGUUCACAGCAACAGCUUCUUCAAAAGCUAUAUUCCGAGCUCGACGUCGAACGAGAAUCCUCGGCGACUGCCACGAAUGAAGCCUUGUCGAUGAUACUUCGCUUACAAGGUGAAAAGGCAGCAAUGAAAAUGGAAGCAAGUCAAUACAAGAGGUUAGCUGAAGAGAAGAUUGGUCACGCUGAAGAAUCACUAGCAAUACUUGAAGAACUUGUGUAUCAAAAAGAAAUGGAGAUAUCUUCACUUGAGUUCCAAAUCCAAGCUUAUAGGUAUAAACUUUUAAGCUUAGGGUAUGAUGAUUUGAAUGAUCUCGAAUCACAGUUUACGAUGAUUCAAUCGACCGAGAAAACCAAUGGAUUCAUUGGUGAAAAGGGUGUUAAAUCUACUGUUAAGAGACUUAGUUCUUUGCCUGCUAGUUUACCAAUAGGUUUUGGUGCUAAAAAGAACAGUAAUGACGGUGAAAACAAUCUGGGACCGGUACAAGAUUUGUGUUUGAGCGCGGAUACAGGGAGUUCCGAUAUGGUAGUUUGUGGUUUAGGGUCAGAAUCGAGGAGGAGUUCAGUGAAUUCAACGACCGGGGACUUUAAAUCUUAUUUGGAACAAAUCAGACUAUUGGACGAAAAGGUGAAAGAGAUUUCAGAUUGUGAGCUAAAGAAAAAUUCAGAUGUCUCAAAAUCUCAUGAAGAUUCAUUAGAAAGGUCCAUUUCGAGUACUGCUUGUUGCACUAGUAUUGUUCAUGAUAUCUUUGAAGUUACUGAAACCAGAGCGAAAAAGGAAAAAUGUAUCGGUAAGUCGGUUUUGGGAAGCGAUGAUCGGCUAACAAAACCGGAUUUGAUCAUGGAAGAUACUUUGGGAUUGCCUGUGAAAGACGAGAUUGAUUGCAUAAAGAUGAAUAACUUUUUAAGUGCAAAGCCUGAGAAAGUAUCAUGUAAACUAAGAGAUGAAUAUGGAACUGAAUGUGUAAAGGUUAAUAAGGUCCUAAGUGUAAACCAUGACAAAAGUUUAUAUAAUAAACUGAUAGAUCAUACAGAUGCUGAUUGCAAAUCGGGUCCUAUUUGCCGAGCUACUACCGAUGUUACCGACUAUCAGUCCGAGUUGAAACAACUUAGCCAGAGAGUUGAACAGCUUGAGAGUGGGAGAAACAAUGCAAGGCAUGAUGAAAUUGUAGAAGCAAGGGAAGAGGAAUUGAAUUUGUUGAAGGAUGUAAGAGAACAGUUGAAUUUAAUACAAUCCGAGAUGCAAAAUUGGAGACCAAAGAAACUGGAACUGGCCUCUCGUUCGGCCGAGGUGGAUUUAGUUCCUCUUACAGAGGCAAUGCUGUACUUUUGGCUGUAAUUCAAGCAUUUGAUGUUGGAAUCAAUAUAUACAAGCACCAGUAUAAAUCAAGGCAUGGUGAGCUAAAAAUGGUGCACAUAUACUGUAUAUCUUUUGAUUUGCCUGUUAGAGUUUGUGAUUAAAAAUAGAUAGUUUUGCAUAUAAAAUGAACUUUGAUUCAAAAGUUGCUUUUUGGUUGAGCUUUUUCAUAUAUGUAUUUUCAUACAGGCAAAUAUUAGUCCGGUUUCUCGAUGAAAGAAACACCGAGGAAAUUACCUAACUGUAUCUUAUUCUUGUGUUACUCAGACUCGGAUGUGAGGUUGGACAUGAUUGACGCCCUUUGAUUUUUUUUUUUUACCUGUUUCGGGUUUCGAUAUUAUCAGAUCAAAAUAGCCUUUGAACCAUUUGAAUCCCAACUUGUGGAUGGCUUGGCUUAUGUUGCCUGGCAGAUUGUCAUAUGUGAACUGAAGCAAGCAGCACAGUUAGCUUUGCAUGUUAACGCAUUUCAUGUUGUAAACCUGGAAAAUGUUUUCAACUUGGACCAAACCGGAAGUGUUCGGCCCAAAUCGGCUCUGCACCCUAUGGUGGCCGAAACCCCCUCUCAUAAUCACCCCCCAUGGGAUAUGUUUUUUGUGUUCCCACGUGGUCUAAUUCAUUUCCACUUCAACAUAGAUAAUAAAACUAAUGAUGUUUGCCAUUGCUGCUUCCCUGGUGUGACUUACCAUUGCAAAUUGCAGUGUUUUGGAUCCAUCGAAAUUGCAGCUUAAACCACAAAUUUUCUUGUUGAAUUAUCUUGUUCAUAUUGUUGAAUUUUGUUGAUUUAAGGUUCGAGUUUGGAGAUUGGAGGACUGUUCAUCUUCGGAGGGUGGAGAAUCGUAAAAACGAGUGGUCUUGGGAAUAUGAUGAGAAAAGAGAGAAGACGGGUCCUUAAGAACGUAUAUAAACCAGCUUUUGGUGAGGCCUGUAAUACCCUAUUUGGGGAUCAUCGAGAAUCCAUCUUUCUCCUCUCUUUUUUUAACUAUACUUCCAAGAUCACUCUUCACCUUCCAAAAGUGAACUGUCCACAAACCUCUAAACCCGAACUUUGCAUCAACAAAUUUAUUAUAUUUUUACCUCAACCACAAUUUUUACAUUUCAUUGAUGGUGCCUUGAUUCUUGAAUCAAAGUCCCAAGUGGCCCGUAUUCAGUAAGGGUUUCAGUCUUUUAUUCGAGGCCUUCAUAGUUGGCUUAACUAGAAAUCCCACAUCAGGAAGCUAACAUGAGAAUAGGCGAGAAGCUGGCUUUAAAUAGAGCGAACCAUGAUGAGACUAAGCAUACCUUUCUCGGCCUUUUGGCUAAGAUCAAGUGUAGUAUCUGUUCUUAUCAGUUUAAUAUCUGAUACGUGGGCCAAUGGUCCACACGAUAUUAAAUUUAUUUUUUAAGGGGGAGGGUCCAUCACAGUAGCUUGCUACUGGGGCUCUCAAGCGUAGCCCAGGUGUUGCACUAUAGCUUGGGCCUUGCGCACCCCAC